AAACCCCAAAACCCUUGUGAAUUCCUUUAUUUAAAUACCCCUUUUCCCAUUCUUAGAUAUUUCUCGUAAACAUUUUCUUGAAUUCAGUGCUUUCAUCUUCUUGCUCAACUAAAUUCUCCCUUCUUCUUGUUUAAGGUUAGAUUCUCUUGGGAUUAGUUACUUCAUUUGUCAAAUUCUUCUUAUGUUUUUGGUAGGUUCUUGAUACUGAAAAAGUGCUUGACUUUUUUAUUUGAUAAAUUUUUAAAUAUAUAAUAAUGUUUCGAAAAGUUUGGUUUAUAGUGAGAAAUGAGUAAUGUAUUUUUCCACUUUUUAGGGUUUUAGGGGUUUCUUUGUAUUGCACUACAUACUUUGAUUUUUUUCAUAGUACCAAAUGAUGGGGUUUUCAAUAAUUCAUCAUUGAAUUUCAAGAUUUGUCUCAAUUCUUGAGAUUUUGCUCUCUGUUUUUUUGCUCUGUUAUUUUUAUAUAGUAGAAAAAUGUCAUCCUGUUUGGCUGGUGGUGGUAGAGCAGCUUAUAAAUUAGAUUUAGAGAUAAUAAAAUCUCCAUCUACUUCGUGGACUUCCCAAUCAUCUUCACCUUCUUCAACAUUAUCCGAAUCGAGCAAUUCCCCCAUUGCAAUCUCUACUAGAAAACCUCGAACACCUCGAAAAAGACCUAACCAAACCUACAAUGAAGCUGCAGCUCUUUUAUCAACAGUUUAUCCCAAAAUUUUCUCAUCAAAACACCUCACUAAGCCUUGCAAAUUCACUAAACCACAUUACCCCUUUUCAUAUGAGUCCUCAGACUUGGUUGUCCCUUACCAAAUCGUCGAAAACUCGGGGUUUUUACUCCAUCCUCCAUUGAUUGAAAAACCCAAUUGCGUAAUUGAGCAUAAGUCAGUCAGUUCUUGUGAAAAACCAUGUCAAAGUCCGGGGGAAAUUGACUCUAAAGGGAGUAGUUCGUUAGAUGUGUGUGAAGAAUUUCAAGAAGAUUUCGAUGCUGAGUCUAUCUUAGAUGAGGAAAUUGAAGAAGGUGUUAUUGAUAAUAUCAUGGGAAAGUUAAGAGUUGAGAAUGAGGUAAAGAAUGAGUCGAUAUUUAGUUAUACUUAUAGUCACAGCAAGCGCCACCAGAAUUAUUCUGGUGGCACUUGCUAUGGUUUUCCAAUAGGAUUAGGAUUCGAAAAUGGGUACCAACAUUAUGAUUUUGGUAUAAUGAGGGGUGGGGUGAGACCAUUGAGAAAUGUUGAUGAUGGUGAUAAUUGGUGGAGGUAUACUUCUAGUGUGAACGUUACCGACAUUACUCCGAAAUUUAGUAAACCUCCGAUCGAAAAAAAGAAAAAGAAAGUUGAGAGAGUUGUGGAGUUGAGAGGGGGCGCAGAUACAUCAUCAGCUAAAGAUAAUUCGAUUACAAAGAAGAUGAAUAAGGAGAAUUCAAGUCAAUCGAUUAAAGAGGAGGUAGUCGAUGUUCCUGAACCAAAAUCGGGGUUGUUACUAAAAUUGAACUUCGAUGAUGUUUUGAACGCGUGGUCCGAUAAGGAAUCCCCGUUCUCCGAUGACAUUCAGGGUUCUGAUGCUGCAGGAAAUGAUGUACAAGCUAGAUUAGCACAAAUAGACUUAUUCUCAGAUAAUGGAGGAAUUAGAGAGGCUAGUGUGUUACGUUACAAAGAAAAACGACGUACUCGUUUAUUUUCUAAAAAAAUUAGAUACCAAGUUAGAAAAGUCAACGCGGAUCGACGACCCAGAAUGAAGGUAUUAUUAUUAUGAAGAAAAAUCAACUUAUAUACGUUGACAAUGGUAGGUUUGUCAAAAGCCCAAAUUCACCAGAGGAUGAGCUAGGAUGAUUUUUCUAGAAUUAUUAGGAUUUUUUUUUUGGGUAUUUGCAAUUUUGUUUCUUUUAUUUCAUUGUUCUUUUUU